AUGGGUUUCUCGGAACGUUUUCCCCGAUGGACAUCGGCUGUGGUCGGUAUUGCUCAACUUGUGCUAACUGCAGCAAUCGUUGGGUUGGAGAUUGGUUCGGUGUAUAUCGAUCUUGCUCACGGAACCAUCUGGGUUGGCUUUUGGGCUAGUUUGGUCUUCAUCAAAACAUUUCUUAUGAUGCUUUUCAUUACCUGCUGUUGCCGCGGUCGUUGUUGUGCCACUUAUGUACUCAUAUGGACAAUAUUCAGUGGAUUGUUAGCUUGUGUGAUGAUCUAUUUCGAUCAAAUUUUCAUCAAGGAUCUCUGUAAAUGUUAUCUGGGUGAUCAAUUAUGUUGUGCUGUUCGAAGUGUAGAAUCAUUUCGAACAAAUUAUACUGCGAUAUUAAACCAAUGUGGUCAAGCAAUAGCUAAUAACAAUAGUGCGGAUCUUCGAUGUCCGGCAGUUCCAUACGAUAAGUUAAAACUUAUUCAAGCGCAACUUGGCUGUGCUGUUGGCAUGUUGAUAUCGUGUGCCGUUUAUAUUGUUAUCUAUGUAUUCGCUUGCUUCGGCAUCUGCUUUGGUCAUGACUAA